AUGGCGAGAAGGUCUGCUGCUCUGUUUCUGCUGCUCUGCUGCUCUGUCAGUCGGGGCCAGUCGGAGGCUUCUGUCCCCCCGCCGGCGGUCAUCUCCCAGGCCCUCCCCAUCCUCUGGGAUGAACUGCGAGGGCUGAAGGAGCUGGUGCUGAGCCUGAAGGCGGAGGAGGUGGGCCGGCGUCAGAUCCUGAGGAGGGUGGAGAGCUGGCUGAGGGAUGGAGAGGUGCAGGCCGAGCAGCAGAGACGGAGCCUGGAGGGACUGAAGGAGGAAGCGCUCCGACAGGCGGAGGAGCUGAGGGGGAGGGUGGAGGAGCUGGAGGAGCAAAGCAAAGUGGAGUCGGCGGACGUUUCGGCGCUCGGCAGCAGGCUGAGUGAGGCUGAACGCCGCUUGGAUGAGCUGCACACACAAACCUCAGCUGUCACAGCCUCGUGGGAAGAAAACCUGUCGGCUGUGAAGAGUCAGGUGCAGCAGCUGGAGCUGACCGGCACAGCUCAGACCGACUCAGUGAAGCAGCUGCAGCUUAAACUAAACUCCACAGAGCAUCAGAUCCACGAGCUGCAGACUGAAACAUCAGAGAUUAUGAACCAACUGAGAGAUGGUGAGAAACGGCUGGAACAGCUGAAGGCUGAGCACACAGCUCAGACCGACUCAGUGAAGCAGCUGCAGCUUAAACUAAACUCCACAGAGCAUCAGAUCCACGAGCUGCAGACUGAAACAUCAGAUCAAAGCUCCAAACUGACGAAGCUGCAGACAAACGUGAGCGCGAGCGCAAGCCUGCAGGGCGACCUGAACACAGAGAUGUUCACCAGGCUGAGAAGUGGAGACAAACAGCUGGAGCAGCUGCUGUCUGAGCACACAGCCGUGGAUGUCAGAUUGAGAUCCUCUGAGACACAGCUGGAACAGCUGGACACUCGUGCUGCAGGCCGUGACAUCGAGCUGUUGGCCACGAAGCUCAGACUGAACGUCACCGAGCGGCAGGUGGACGAGCUGACGACACAAAACACAGUGCGAGCCGCUGAGCUGGAGUCUGUUUCGGACCGACUGACGGCGGCACAGAGACGCGCUGAUGAGCUGCAGGUCAGGCUGAACCAGCUGAGCGCCUCGUCCGAGGAAGCAGGUGAGCUCAGGGUGGCGUUUUCAGCCGGUCUGACCGAUUCGGGGUCAGUGGGACCGUUUGAUAAAGAAACAACUCUGAUCUUCUCCAAAAUCAUCACCAACGUUGGCGAAGCCUACAACCCGACAGCAGGUGUUUUCACGGCUCCUGUCAGCGGACUGUACGUCUUCAGCUUCACGGCUGCAGAUUACCUGAAAGGCUACAUGGGCCUGUACCUGUACAAGAACGACAAGCCGAUCGUUUUCAGCCUCGACCUGAACGACCACGGCGGCUACGCCUCCACAAGCAACGCCGUGUGUCUGCAGCUAGAGGAGGGCGACCGGGUGCACCUCGGCCUGCCGGCCAGCUACCGCCUCUAUGACGACUCGCGAAACUUCAGCGUGUUCUCCGGCUUCCUGCUGUUCCACCUGUGAUGGCGACGUCCUGGGAUGCACCCAGAUUAUCCAACCUUUGUACGGCAGAGCGAACAGGAAGUGGGAUGAAAGAGGCCACGCCCUUAAUAACUUAAUAACGCAAACUUUACUCUUUACUCUUUAAUAUAACGUAAAGCGGAGGAAAUGAUCCUGUAAACAGGUUUAACGAGUCUCACUGCUGGUGUUUCUGCUCCAGUGAUCAUUUCAUGGAAAAGUCUCAGGAGGAGCGUGAUUUUAGCCCCGCCCCUGUGAAUGUAGCAGUCAGUGAAAUAGCGUUCUCGUCUAUCGAUCAAUAAAGUUUUAACAGAC